AUGGCUGAAGAAAUUAGGCAAGUCAUUUCUCUUUUUUCCUCUUCUUCAGCGUUGUCUCUGGUUUGCUUAUCUGACAUUGUAUUUUGUGGUCCUGGAGAUGAUGUUGUUCUGUCAUGUCAUAUUGAGCCAGCUGUCAGUGCUGCUUCAAUGGAGAUCAAAUGGUGGAAUAAGGCUGAUCUGGUCUGUCAUUAUAAGGAUGGACAGAUGAUAAAGAUCUAUGAGGGUCGAGUGAGUCUUUCACUUGAAGAUCUCCACAAUGGAAAUGUGUUUUUGUCUCUCAGAGAUGUCAGAAAUUCACAGAGAGGCCCCUAUAUUUGUGAGGUCAUCCAUGAAUAUAACACGAUAAAGGAAUUAAUUUUUCUCCAUAUCAGAUCUGAAGACUUUAGUCUUGUGGUUCCUACUCGCUCUGUAUCUGCUGAUCCUGGAUCAGACGUCAUCUUACCUGCUUAUCUCUCACCUGAAAUCAGUGCUGUGUCCAUGGACAUCAGAUGGUUUAAAGGGACAGAGCUCAUUUAUCAUUAUAACCACAGGCAAGAUAUAACAAACCGUGACUAUGAGAACCGAGUGAGUCUGUCCACCCAGGAACUGGAGAGAGGAAAUCUUUCACUCACUUUGAGAAAUGUUCAAUCAUCAGAUUCAGGAGUCAAUACAUGCACAGUCUUUCAUGAUGGAUAUGAGAAGACAGGAACAGUUUACUUGCAAGUGACAGAGCUUCGGCAAAGUACGGAAAAAAGGAAACAUAAGCAUCUGCUUGACCGUCAUGAAAUGAAGAGGAGAUAUCAAGUGCGGAAAAUAUACAGGAAAUGGAAAGAGUCAUGGGAGCAGGAGAGACUUUCCUUACACACUUCUG